GCCUCGACCGUGACCCCCACCCUGCCCCCCCGCCAUCAUGGACGAGGUGGACGUGUCGCAGCUUCGGAAGGAGAUCGAGAGCCUCAAGUUCCAGCUCUCGAACCGGCGAGAGAAGACAUCCAAAACCAUCCCCGAGAUGGUGAAGUGGAUCGAGGAGGGGAUGUCCAAUGACCCCUUCCUGAACCCCGAGCUCAUGAAGAGCAACCCGUGGGUGGAGAAGGGCAAAUGCGUCCUGCUCUAGGCCAAGGGCCGGGCCCCCCACACGGCCCAAGGCGGGCCCACCCGGAGUGACCCAAUCCUGCCCUCACUUCACCCCCAGUUGACCUGACCUGACCCUGCCCCCACUCCACACUCAGCUCACCCGACACAGACUGACACGACCUGACCCUGACCCCACUUCACCCCCAGCUGACCCUACCCAGACUGACCUGACCCCACUCCACCCCCAGCUGACCCAGACUGACACGACCCUGACCCUGCCCUCACUCCACACCCAGCUGACUCGACCCAGACUGACCCGACCUGACCCCACUCCACCCCCAGCUGACCCAGACUGACCCGACCUGCCCCCACUUCACCCCCAGCUGACCUGACCCAGACUGACCUGACCCUGACCCCACUCCACCCCCAGCUGACCCAGACUGACCCGACCUGACCCCACUCCACCCCCAGCUGACCCAGACUGACCCGACCUGCCCCCACUUCACCCCCAGCUGACCUGACCCAGACUGACCUGACCCUGACCCCACUCCACCCCCAGCUGACCUGACCCAGACUGACACGACCUGACCCUGACCCCACUUCACCCCCAGCUGACCCGACCGAUCCAACCCAAUCUUUUCUGAGCCGACCCGGCAUAGCCUCUAAGUUGACCUGAGCCGACUUGGUCUGAUCUGACUUGAGUUGAGGUCAGCCGAGCUGACGCCAGCCAGUCUGACCUGACCCGACCCUGGCCUUAUCUUACUUUGUCUGACCUGACCAAGAUCUGACCUUAAAUUGACCUAACCUGACCGCAGCUGACCCGACCCGGUUUGACCUGACCUGACAUGACCUGAUCCCCCCCGUGACCCAGCGUCAACUUGAUUUCAGGCGCUACAGCAAACAAAAGAGGCCUCCUGCCUCUGACCAAACAGCCCGGAGGACAGUCCAUCUCGGAAGCUAAGCUGGUUUGCACCUGGCCAGUGCUAGGAUGGGCGACCGACGCGCGCUAAAGAGGUGCUAUAGGCUCUAGACUGCGGGGGGUGUGGGGAGGGGGGACAGCGAGCGGGCAGUGUGGCAAAAUCCAUUGUUGUACUCUACUCCUACGCUAACCAGCUCCCGCUCGGAAUUAAUGAACGCAGGCAGACGCGCUCACUCCCCACGCAGAGUUGGACAGACGGGCAGCUCCGCGGGUUCAUGGGGAGGGGCAUUUGGCAGAGGUGGGGGGAGCGGGGUGGUCGGUGGGGGGGGGGGGCGGUGGGGGGGCGGUGGGCGUUUAAUCGGAACCAAUUAAUUUUGGGGAUCAGAUCGCGCAGCCGGGUUUGACGUCUAUCCACCCCGCCAGCAACCGGUGCUCGUCAUAAUAUUUCAGUCUGAGUCGACCUACGGGAGAGUCUGACCACAGGGCCGGGGGGCGGGUAUGAUUGGCCCGGGGAGGCCACACCGGGAGGAUGAGGAGGAGGAAGCAGCUGCGCGCCAUGCCCCGGGGAAAUUAAAUCAUCAAUUCAAAUCAUCACUACACGGUUGGUAUUCGCGUCGUCAUCUUAGCCCAAGGCUAUCGCGAAGGCGCUGCGUUUCGCAGGCUGGUAUCGCCCCCAGCCAGCCAGCGGGCGGCGUACGUGAGUUUUACCCCCCAGCAAAACACACGUUUCGGCGAAUUUGAACCCAUUUCGUUGCUGUUGGACAACGUCACCGGAUCUUUAGCGCCCGUUGCAAAGCAGUCGGCGCGUGGCGAGAUGCGGUCAGUGCACCCGCAGUUUUAAAACCCAAGGGCGGCGGCUGGGAGCGAACAGCCAAGGUCUGCGACAAGAGAUUGGGGCUCAAGUAAUUGUGUCAGUCCCUGUACUAUGUCCACGUCCCCGUGUCCGUACUAUGCGUAAAUGCCCCCGUCUUCCCAUUCUUUUUUCGUCAACGGUCGUCACCACGUGCACAGUUCUAACGAUCUCCUAACUCAACGGAGGCUCACUUAAUGCACUGGCUUGUGUGUUUCCACCACACAACCAACCAACGACACCAGCCGCCAUUCGCCACGAAGCGUCGGUGACGUGGCCACGACGCUUGUGCCAGGCUAGGUGCACGUUGAGACUGUCGGGAGCAAGUGCUGUUAGCGAGCACCUGUGAAGACCGGUACGGCACUUGGAGAGCGUGCGUGGGUGGCCAGCACCGUUUCCCAUACAUAUAUACAUACAACCACACACAGAGAUCCCCGAUGUAUCGGUAUGACCGGCAUAGUGCUGUUAGCGAGUGCCUAUUAAGGCUGAAACGGCUAGUAACCACGCCCGGCCACCUUUGCAUCUCCAGUGCCGAUGUUUACACAGCGCAUGAGGUACUCAUUUAAGGCGAAAUCGACCCAGGGGAGGCCCCGCACUGCUUCAAAUAUUAUUUCACUGGUGUUAGCCGUGGGCCAGGAAUCGAAAUCCAGUCGCUGGCUUUCUUAGCGCUGUGCGCUAACCACUGCGCCACCGCUCGACACAAAGACCCCAGCCCCAUCCCACUCCCGUAUAGCCAUAACAGACUGUUGGGGCAAGUGCUGAUUAUUAUCAAGCACCUGUACGCAGCACAUAAAGGGGGUGGUGUGGCUAGCACCACGCCCGGCCGCCUUUGUCACCCCAGUAGUGAUGUUUACACACCACACGAGGCACUAAUUUGAGGCUGAGUCGACCUAGAGGAGGCGCACGACCAGGUCAGCUAUUCGUCACUGAUGUUGGCCGUGAGCGAGAAUCGAACCCGGCUGGGGGCAGUGCACCAACCACUGCACCACCGCUCCCGAACCACGUUGAAUAGCUUUCUAAUGAAUGCACUUAAUUCUGACGAUAUCCCGAAUGCUCACGCCAACACGUGGCUGUCGUCGUCGUCUUUCCCGUGACGAGGAGAGGCGAAGGGGCAACGAUGAACCCACGUGGAUGUUUGCGGAUGAGCCAGUGGACGGAGUCAGGAGUAGCCCGGUGACUGUCUGCAAACGCUGCCAGCGAACGAUCGGCUUCACUUUUGGAGUUUUUCCUGACUCCUCGCGGAGAGUCCCACAGGCUCGCUCACUGUGAGAGCGACAAGAGAGGCACGCGGAGAGAGGAGCCAAGCCAGUGACGCAGCGGGCGGCCUCGAGAGCGAAUGUGUGGGCCGCGGUUUGAGACCUCGAUUCACGCGAAUGGUCCAGAGACUUGCAGACACGUGAAGAAUCACGCAGAGACGCGUAGACUCACGCAGACAAAUGGACACACAGACCCAUAGGCUAACAAAAGACACCCAUAGACGCACAGAGACUCAUAGACUCAGAGAGAGAGCCCCCCCCCCCCCCAUGGGGACACGUAGGCGAGUGGUGGAAGUGAACAGUGCCGGUACUCUGCGGUCCGUGGCUUGAGAAUGAGGAUUGGCAGUCGCGUCCGUGGGCUCGCCUUUCAUUCCCCAACGGCGUCGGAGAUGGCCGCAUGGGUUCAUGCAACGGAGGAGUGGAAACAGAAUUGCUACCGCUGUUGUUGAAACCGCUCCCAGGGCCGGUAUGGGAGUGACAAAAAGACAAAGAUCCCCCAUAUAGCCUAAACCGGCUGUUGGGGCAAGUGCUGGUAGCGAGCACAUAUAGAGGCCGGCACGGCGCACGAGGGGGUGGGUGGCCAGCACCACGCCCGGCCGCCUUUGUCUCCCCAGUGGCGAUGUUUACUACACACCGCACCAGGUACUCAUUUGAGGCUGAAUCAACCUAGGUGAGCCCCAGGACCGGUUCAGAUAUUCGUCACCGGUGUUGGCCGUGAGCGGGUGCCGAGCCCGGGUCGCCGGGUUCGCAGCGCAGCGCGCUGACCACUACACCACCGCUCCUCACUAUGGGAGUGACGCACGCGCACACACACACAGGACCAGUGGAGUGACACACACACAGAGGACCAUUGCAGCGACACACACACUGCAGUGACACACGCGCACACACACACCGGACCAGUGGAGUGACACACACACUGCAGCGACACACACACAUCAGACCAUUGCAGUGACACACACACCGGACAAUUGCAGUGACACACGCGCACAGACACAGGACCACGGGGCAAGACCUGAAGCCAGUUAUUUUGGUGGCAUUGAUGAUGAUGCGAAUGCAAGAGCAGUCCUUGCAGCAGGUUGAGACGUCCACUUAAAACAAAACAAGUACGAGCACUGACAAGGAAGGAGGCAAUGGCGCGGUGGUGCUGGGAUGGCAGCAAAGGCUUUGACCUUUUGACCUUAGACCUUUAGACCCCCCCCUCCUCCUCCGCCGUCAUUGGCGCGGCGGCAUCCGCAGAUUUCUGUCCAGAUACGACCGCAGAUUUAUAAUCGUUUCUCGAUAAUUGUCUUUGUUCAUCGCUAAUUUGCGAGGAGUUAAUUGCACGGGAGGUGGGGGGGGGCGAGACGUGGUGUAGCUCUUAAAGAUCAUCACGCUUUGGCCGCGGGGGGGGGGGGGGGAUCGAGCUGAGAAUCCCAACCCGCGGGGGAGGCGACAAGGCCGCCUUUAGAAGGAAAGUACAGCAAGUAGGACCUGUUCUGGCCUCUUGUAUCACCGUUUAUGAUACAAGUGACGAUGGCGAUGAUGAUGAUGAUGAUCGUGCUGGCAGACGACUGGGGCACCCAAAGCUCUGAAUAACGGGUGUGCCAACGUGCCGCACCUGGGCACAAACAAAUACUGGAAACGACGACGAUGACGAUGAUGAUGAUGAUGUUGAUGGCAGGAUACGAACAGCUCGGAAUAUUACGAGAGCACGAGGAGGUUGUGAUGGAUGGGGACACGUGUGCAGGAUGGGAUGAGGGCAAAGAUCCCCCCCUGCCCCGCUGCCCCCCGAUGCAGUGGCAACCCAAAGGGAGAAGACCGACUGAGUUGAGAGGCGGUGCGGCGGGCGACGAGACUGUAAGAGGGCAUCGAGCAUGCGACGAGGACAAGAAGAGCCGAGGCCCCGGAUGGCGGUGGUUUUUGUUGACCUUUGAACUUUACUCUAAGAGCUCGGAGGCGGCGGAAUGUCGACUGUUCGCAGCGGCCACGACUGGCAGAAAGAAGGAAGCGAUGGCUAUGUGCGGUGGCAUCGACGGUAUUGGCACAGGGUGACCUCUUCACCGUGACAUGGUCAGCCGCUGAAAAAGAAGAAACCCUCCUCCUGCCAAAUGUGCUCGGCGCCUGGAGUAUCCUCUGCCUGUUUUCUGGGCAUCAUCAGGUCGAAAUAAGUAGCAUUUUGUUUAUGAUAAUGUACUGUUAUAAUUACCGUUGUAACGUUUUAAAUCGAAACUAACUUCUCAACGGAGGAAAACCUUUAAUGGGGAAGGGAUUCGAGCCAGAGAGAGAGAGAGACACGCACCGCGGUGACGUCACUGGAGGGCUCUCUCAGGGUAGAGGCGCGGCCCUGCAACUGCUGGUGCAUGCCCACUGCUACCGGCGGAAGAGACUCCCGCUUAGACAGCGCCUUGCCCGUGUCCCUCGAGAGAGAGAGGGGAUGUUGGCCUGCUCUUCCACGCUAACGCAUACGCCUUGGGGGUAAAAAUGUGAGAGUACCCACACUGCACCCCCACCACACCGCACAACCGCUUGAUUGUGUGGGUGUGGGUUUUUUCGGUAAAGUCACGUAGGUAAAACAUUAAAAUGA